AUGCAGAAUGAAACAGGCAUUCUGGGCAAUAUGACUAUGAACAGGAGCGUGUCAGUGACACUGAAGAUAUGCUCUGUAAUUCCUUUCUUAAGCAUAUUCUUCUAUUACAUCAUCGUGAUGCUACACACCUUUGCAUCAAACCGGCACUUCUGGGACAGCUCACGCUACAUCCUCUUUGUCUACAUGCUGAUCAAUGACACACUACAGCUUUCCCUCUCCAUGAUACUCUUCUUCUUUGUGUAUGCUGGCUUGCAAAUCUCCUUUGGCUCAUGCAUCCCCCUCCUCUUCCUCUCCACUACUACCUUCCAGAACACCCCGCUCAUCCUGGCUGCCAUGUCCCUGGAGCGCUACGUGGCCAUCUUUUACCCCCUACAACAGCCCGCAGCGUGGCAGGCAGACCGCAUCUGGGUCAUCAUGCUGGCCCUGUGGCUGACCAGCUGCAUCCUCCCUACCAUUGACUUAUCCCUGAGCCGGCUACAGCCUGACUUGGGCAACUUCUCCAGGAUGGUGAUCUGCAGAGCACUCAUUCUUAACUCGUCUCCAGUUCAGAUGUUACUCAAAAUGGUGCUUAACAGGAUGUUAUUUGCGCUAGUGGCCAUCAUCAUUCUGUUCACCUACAUCAGGAUCCUCUUUGAGACACGGCGGAUGCGGCAGGACUGGGCGUCUGUCAGAAAGGCGAUGCACACAGUGCUGCUGCACGGACUCCAGCUGCUGCUCUGCAUGGUGUCCUUCACCCAGCCCUUGGCUGAGAACUUCAUCGUAGUGUAUGUCAGCUGGCUGCGCGAGCACAUCCCCUUCUUCAACUUCUUCUGCUUCAUUCUUUUGCCGCGCUUCCUGAGCCCCCUUAUUUACGGCCUGCGUGACAACAUCCUGAGACGGCACAUUAAGGGCGCUGUCUUCUGCUGCUCUGCUAGUGUUCACCCCAUGACAACAAGAAAACACUUUUUGAAAUGA